AUGGUGGACUUUGCAUUGCCUGAGGAUCUGAAGAUGAAAAUAGUACAGUUAGUAGGCUCCAAUGUGAAACCGACGCUGGUUCUUGAUUUGACUUUUUGUGAGCACGAUUUUGGCAAUCGUUUGGUGCUAGUGCUACCCGAGUCUUUGUCUGGCAUGCCAAUCAACCUGAAGAAAAGGCAGUCGCUUGCCGUACGGAUGAUCGGACCCUCGCUUAAUGUGUUUGAUAUGACUCUUAGUAGGAGUGCAGAUGGUGGACAUGUUUUAAAAGAUUGGAACUUAGUGAUGCAAACGGAGGAUUUCGAGGAAGGAGACACUGUGUAUCUAUGGUCCUUCAAAGACCCUGACGACAUUCUUUGGUUUGUUAUGCAUGCAUAG